AACGUGAUCGGAUUUCCUACUUGCAAUUACUUGCCCUUCACGGAAGUGGAAUGAACGUUGUUAUUGCCGUCUCAUGAUAAAGUAGUGCUUCGUGUAAACACGUAUUUACAAUGUCUGUAAAUAAUGAUUACGAUUCUACAUUUAAAAUCCUUGUGCUAGGUGACAGUGGUGUGGGAAAGACAUGCUUAAUCUAUCGUUAUACAGCUGGAGAAUUCACGGAUGCUUAUGUUUCUACAAUAGGAAUUGAUUGCAGGACGACAAUGUUAAAUGUUGAUGAACUAAAAGUUCGUAUGCAGAUUUGGGAUACUGCUGGUCAAGAGAGAUUUCGCACUUUAACAAGUGCAUAUUACAGAGGAGCAAUGGGUGUUCUUUUGGUGUAUGAUGUGACUGUUGAAGAGUCUUUUGGUCACAUUAAUUCUUGGUUAAGAAACAUUGAAGAGAAUGCCAGCACAGAUGUUUGUAAAGUGUUAGUAGGUAAUAAAGCUGACUUACAAAAUCUUCGAACAAUUUCAAAGCAAAGAGGAGAGAUGGUUGCACAAAAUAACAAUUUAAAAUUCUUCGAGACUAGUGCUAAAGAUGGACAAGGAGUUGAAGAAGCUUUUAAUUGUUUGGCUCAUCUCAUCAAAGAACUGAAGGAUUCUAAAGAAGCAAGUGAUGUAGAUGAUCUUAAUGCACAACUGACUUCACUUGAACACAGUAAAUGCUGCUAAAAACUCUCCUUAAUCAAAAGAUUCACGUAUCCAUACCUACAGAUUGAUUCAGCCGUACCAGUACUAGCUAUAAAAUUUGUUGUAUUUGCUUUCAUUGUGACUAAAGCGAUGUAAAUAAAAUUGUCUUGUUGAAUAAACGAUUUGAAAGAUUUGUCGAAA